GUCUGGGCCUGAACGUGGAACAUGCUGCUGGCGGGCCGGGGAAGGUCUUCCUCAAAGAAAAGGAUGGGACCUAAGCGCUGGGAACGGCUCACAAGGAAGUCCCAUCCCAAGCCUGCUUUGGACCCUGACAAUGUGGAACACUGGAUGAAGAGAAUGGAUAAAGUCUCAGAAUUUGCAGUUUCGAAUGCAUUUCCUGCCAAAACUUCAGUUUUACCUGGAAGGCUUUGGAACCAAAUGACAGACUUGGAAACAUGGAAGCAAGCAGAGGCUGAUGAAGUCUAUGCAGAAGCUCAGGAGCUGGUCAAUGACUGGUUAGACACGAAGCUUAAGCAGGAAUUAGCAAGUGAUGGAGAAAGUGACGCUGAGAACACUGUGUCAGGAAUCACUCCUAUGCCAGAAGCCCGUGACCAUUCAAAAUAUGACAAGUUUGAUGAUUUUUGUGACUAUUUGGAAGAAGAAGAAGAAAGUACCACUGUUCAAAAAUUUAUAGACCAUCUGCUUCAUAAAGAAGUGGUGGCUUCUGUGAUGAUGGAAGAUCUUGGAAUGAAGGAAAACCAAGACAAGAAGCAGCAGAAGGAUCCUCGUCUUACCAUGGAGAUGAGACAUAAGCAGGUAAAAGAAAACCGCUUAAGACGGGAGAAACAACUACAGCAGCAGAGACUCGAAAAUGCCCUGAAGAAAUCCGCCUUCUUGGAGGCCCAGUUUCUUGUACAAGAAGAGAAGAGAAGGAAGGCUCUCGAGACCAAGAAAGAAAAGGAGGAGAUGCAAAGGGAGAUGAUAAAGUUGAGGAGGGAGAUCCUCGAGAGGAGACAUACCGUGGAGGAAGUGUGGAAAACAGAAAAGAAAAGGCAAGAAGAAAAUUCUCAAAAGAAUCUAGAAAAAGGUAUGCUUCAAGGUGCUUUCAUUCAUCUGGAUGAAGAAAAAGAAAAACAAAGGAAACUGAAAGAGAUACUGAUCCGAACUUUCAAGGAAAAUCAACAGUGUCAAAAACGGUACUUCUCUGCCUGGCACCAGCUAAUUCUGGAUCAGAGGAUUAAGCUGGGAAAAGCUGGGACCCUGUCUGACUGGAAGCUUCAACUGAAGGUGCUAAGAGCCUGGAGAGGUUAUACAAGAUCCCAGAAGUUGAGGCGGGAGACCCAUGCCUUAGAAAAUGAUCUCAGAGAAGAAAACAGAAAACAGCAGUUGGCCACUGAGUACAACCGGAAACAAGUUCUGCGGCACUGCUUUGCUCAGUGGCAGCACUGGCAUGGCUCAGAGGUGCUGAAGAGGGAGCUUGCCCUGGCAAAGGAGCAAACCAGGAAGAAGGUGGACGAGCUGCUCAAGGCGGUGGCUCUCGGGAAGCUCAGGAGCGCAUCCUCCAGCGCUGGCCUACUUGAGGAGGCAGCGGCCGGGGCGAGCCCGCCGGGGGGAAGUGGAGAGGUCACUGUCAUACCCCCUUUGUGGGAAAAGCCACCUUUGGGAAGUGGUGGUUGUAUGCUCAGCCCUUCCUCAGGAAGAACAACAAAGGAUAAUUCUCGGGGUCCUCUUGAGAAUGUCCCUGGGGACACAGCUGACCUGAAGCAGCACAAGACCCCAGAAGCCAAGACUUCUCAACAGCCUGGUGGCAACAAGAAGUAUGGCGCCACAGGCCAGCAAGCGGAACCUGCCUGCUUGGAGCACUUCCAUAGCCGCCACGUCUACCAGCAGCAGAUGAUCGAGAAACAAAAGAGGAAACUUCAGGAACAGCAGAAAACCAUUCUGGAGCUGAAGGAAAACCAGCGGCUGGCAGAGGCCCGGUGGGCGGCUGCCAUGCAAGCACAGGCUCUUAACCUCAGAGGAGCAGGGGAGCCACAAGGAGCCUGCCAGAUGCUUCCAAAUUCAUCUGUUUCUACUCCUAGAACUGAAGAUGGGAGAAAUGACUCCAAAAAUUUUCUUUCUGGAUCCAGAAGGACCCCAAAGCCACUAACGGCACCCCAUCCCAUACUGAGAGCCAUGGAAGAGAGAGCAAUUCAACGAGCUGAACGUAGGCGGAUCUUGGCAGAAAGGAAGAAAAAACAAGAAGAAGAGAAAUUGGCCCAGCUAAAGGCCCAGGAGGAAGAGUGUCAGAAGAGGGAGACAGAAGAAAAAGAAGCGCAGCUUGAGAGAAAACGAGAAGAAAAGAGACUGAAGAGAAUGAAAGAACUAGAGAAACAGAAGAGAAUAAAGAGAAACCAUGAAUUGGAAGCAGUAGCCAAAGGACAUUAUGAAAAGGUUUUGCUAAGAAAGAAAGGUCUGGAGCCGUGGAUGAGAUUGAGAAUGCAAAGCGAGCGAAACAUUCAGGUGGCAGACGAGCAUCAUUCUUUGGCCUUACAGAAGAAGUGCCUGCUGAGCUGGCGCAGCUACUGGCAGGAAAGUCUGGCUACAAAGACAGCCCUGGCCCGUCAGCUUUAUUCCCAACUGUUGCUUAGGAGAGUCAUCCGGAGCUGGAUACAGUAUGUGGCUGCUCUGGAGGAAGAAGGGAGAAAAUUCUGUGAACAUUUCCUGCAGAAGAAGGUUUCCAUGGCCUGGCUCGCCAUGGUCAGGAAGGCGAGGGAUGACUCUCAGAUCCAGCUCAAGAUUGCGGCAGAACAUUGCGACAGGAAGAUUUGCAGCAUCACAUUUCAGAGAUGGAAAGAAUUUGUCAAAUUCACGAAAGAAGAAAGAGUGAGAGAGGCGAGGAGAGAGCAGCUCCGCCGAAAGGUCGCAGAGAUCCUUCCGGACUUCCCGAUGCGGCCAUUGUCAUGACUGCCUGCGCCAACUAGGUACUCAAGUGAGCCUCUGCUGUGCCAGGACGCAGACUGCGUGGCUUAGGGGAGAAACCUAACCAGGUUCAGGAUGUAGUGCAGGUUCUCUCCACCUACCCACACAGGUACCUGCACCCGGUUCCGAUUCUGCGAUAUGUCUUGGAACAAUGGGCUUAUCUGGGGAGUUUGUACUUCUUGGUUUCUCCAGGGUUGAGUUUAUCACACUGGGAACAUCCAAAAGAACAGUCUAGAGCCACUGUUGAAAUAUAUGUAUUUU